AAUAAUUUUUCCAACAAAGGGGUAGCACAGGGUCCUGUCUGAGUAAUGUUUCGUUGCCCUGGGAACAGAUAUCGAUCCUCAUCUCAAGCGCAAGUCCGCCUUUGCAGUCGGCCGAUAACUACACUCGACUCCAGUUCCCUCCACACUGCUUCGUGCCCACUUAUCCCUUUCCUCUCUUUCAACACCCAUUUCAGCAAUGUCCGCAGCUCCCGCGCUCAAGAUCUUUUCCUUGGCAGAGAGCAGCCUGGCCUCGCUCCCUGUUCACUUCGCCUUCAAUAACUCAUUUCGCUGUCGUUCAAAAUCCAUCAGUCGCCUAUGCCUCAGCUGCUCUUCUUCUUCUUCCCUUUCAGUUCUACCCCUCUUGCUUUCCCUCAGGAAGGAUAAGAAGCCUUCAGUUGUUCCCCUCGUAGCCCGGACCUCCGGUUGGGUGGGGGAGGAGAGCUCCGAUUGGAACUCUGGGGAAGGGCUUGAGCCUCCUGAUGGGGAGUUUUCUGAGGGAGAUUUUAUGGCUGAGAGUGAUAACACAGUGGAUGAAGGUUUUGGGGCAGAUGACGGGGAGGAUUCUUAUCCCGAGCUGCUUGAGGAGGCCAAGCUCUUUGUUGGCAAUCUCCCUUACGAUGUGGACAGCGAGAGGCUUGCUCAAUUGUUCGAGGGAGCUGGGAUAGUAGAAGUCGCGGAGGUUAUCUAUAACAGAGACACUGAUCAGAGCCGUGGUUUCGGAUUUGUCACCAUGAGCACAGUUGAAGAAGCUGAGAAAGCUGUGGAGAUGUACCAUCGCUAUGAUUACAAUGGCCGGCUUUUAACUGUAAAUAAAGCUGCUCCAAAAGGUUCCCGACCUGAGAGGAGUCCUAGGGAAUUUGAGCCUUCUUUAAGGGUCUAUGUUGGAAAUUUACCGUGGCAAGUUGAUGAUACUCGCUUGGAGCAAUUAUUCAGCGAACACGGUAAAGUAUUGAGUGCGAGGGUUGUUUAUGAUAGAGAAACUGGUCGAUCAAGAGGAUUUGGUUUUGUUACAAUGGAAUCCAAGAAUGCGCUAGAUGAUGCAAUUGCUGCCCUUGAUGGACAGACAUUGGACGGCCGGACUAUUCGAGUGAAUGUUGCCGAGGAAAGACCACGGCGUGGGUCUUUUUAACUCUGGUUAGGUUAGCUUGAUGAUAGGAACUGCUACUUUUAUCUUUAUUCUGUAGCUCUAAAGACUUGCCUUUUUUUUAUUUACAUUUUUUGUGGUUGCAUUGCCAUUGUUUUCUACCUAAUUGAUCUUAAUGUCAUAAUAUUUUUUCAUGUGUGAUUUAA